AUGAGGAAGCUCAUGUUCUCCCCCAAGUCUGGCAAGCCCAAGAAGCUGACACGCCACGACAAAGAAACUCCAAGCCCGCCCAGGACAGCCGAUUCCUCUAUAUCCAGACUAUCCAUCGAUGAACCAUUCAGAUCGCCCAGACCAAGCCUAAGUUCUGCUUCCCCGGGGACUGCAAACUCCAGGGGCGCUGCCACCGAUAGCCUGUUGACCCAGGAGUUGAAACCCCCACACAGCUCCCCUUCCGAACGUCGCCCGUCCUCAGCCCUGGCUCCUGACGUCUCCAACGGCACGCCCCGGAGGAUGGCAUCGAUUCGGCCCGUCACAAGCUUCGACGACGGACCUCCACCCCCAGCCGACUCCUCCCUAGAGGCCUCACCUUCGCUUUCCAACGGUCGCUCAAACUCGGUGCUCUCAAGUUCUCCAAACAGCAACGCCAGUGCAAUGUCACCUACAAUGGAGAGAAGGCAACAUGACCAGAAUGGCACGUCAGACAGGAUACCAGCCGGCCGCCUAAGGCCCAAGAUAUCAGCGCAAUAUUUGGCCAACGCAAGCCACGAUGGAGGUCGACGCGCCAUCUCUCCAAGACCAGUCGAGAUACCACAGAGGGACAGCAGCAUUGGAGGGGCUGAGCGGUCAGCAGCCAAGGCAAACGCGGAUGGGCAAGACGAAGCCGGGUUUGACUCGGCAGUAGGCAAGGCUGCACUAGGAAAGACUGGCCGUGUCAUGAACAAGCUUAUAUCUGAGAAUGAGGCGCUGAAGCGAGACCUACGGAUUGAGAAGCUCAACUCGGAGGAAUCCAGACGGGAGGCCAAACUUCUCCAGGACAAAAUGGAGAGGAUGGUUGCGGACUAUGAGAGCCGCCUGCUGGAGGCCAACGUCACCAAAACCCUGCUAGCCAGGAAAGAGCGUCAGGUCGAGGGCUUGCAGGGAGCUGUAGAACUCGAGAAGAAGCGAACAACCGAUGCUCAGAGUAGAGAACGGACUUGGAAAGAAGAGAUGGAGAAGAUGCGAGACGAGACGACUAGGAAGGUCGAGGAUGCCACAAGUCAUGCAGCGCUGAUGGAAGGCCGGUACAACGCCAUCAGCAGCCACUGGAAAGAUCAAGGGGAGGAGGUCAAGCGCGCUACAACGAAGAUGGGCAAAGAGGUAGCCAGCCUGGUUGCUGAGAGGAAAAAGGAUGAUGAGAAGAUCACGACCUUGAGGGAUCUCUGCGACCAGCAGGACGGAAACAUCAAGGACUUGCUGCAACAGAAGGAUGCUCUCGCGCGACAGUUCGAAGCCUACAAGAAGGAGCAAGAGGCUCUGCUACAAAACAUCAAGGCGAACGCGUCCAAGACCGAAGAGGACCAGCAACGUAUGCUACUGGAGGCCAAGGAGACGCUCGACAAGCUGAAAUGGGCGCUGAACAUCAAGGAAAACGUCAAAUGGGCCAAGUGA